UCUCUCUCUCUCUCUCUCUCUCUCUCUCUCUCUCUCCUCAUCUUAUCAAAAGUCAGCGCCUUCUUUUGUCUUUCUCUCUCAAACACACAUUACUGCAAAUAACUCAAUUUGUCUCUUUGGUUAUGGACCAAGAUUGGGAUCUCCAUGCGGUUGUUAGAGGUUGCUCCACCGUCACCUCCACCACUUCCACCACCACUUCCACCACCACAUCUGUCUCUUCUUCCUCUGCUUUUCCCCUGCAUCCUCAAGAACCUUCUUGUGGAUUUUCUUCAAUCUUUGGCUCUGAACAAAAAGCUCAAAUUUUGUCACACCCCUUUGAACCAACAAGUUCCUCCAUUGAAGAGUUGCAUGAACUUUGCAAGCCUUUCUUCUCAACAUCACAACCUCUCUCUUUGCAAACUUCUCCUCUGUUUUCUUCAUUCUCUUAUUCCUCUGCACCACCACCCAAAUUAGCUCAAACACAAGACAAACAACAACAACAACAACAUAGAAGUAAGCAACCACACCAUAGUGGUUCUGUCACUACCCCAAGAUCAAAAAGAAGGAAGAACCAACUUAAGAAAGUUUGUCAAGUACCAGUUGAAAAUCUCUCUUCAGACAUUUGGGCAUGGAGGAAAUAUGGACAAAAACCCAUUAAAGGGUCACCAUAUCCAAGGGGAUAUUAUAGAUGUAGUAGUUCAAAAGGGUGUUUAGCAAGAAAACAAGUUGAAAGAAACAGAUCAGAUCCAACAAUGUUCAUAGUAACAUAUACAUCUGAACACAAUCAUCCAGCUCCAACUCACAAAAACUCUCUUGCUGGUUCAACUCGCAACAAGCCAUCAACACCUCCUCAAUCUGACACAAACAAAGCCCUUACAACAAAACCCUCUUCUCCAACUACUUCAGAAGAGGUUCAAACUCAGGGAGAAAAGUCAGAAAGCAAAGAAGAUUUAAUGGAUGAAGAAGAAGAUGAUCAAUUUGGUUUAUCUGAUGUUGUUUUAUCAGAUGAUUUCUAUGAAAGUUUAGAUGAACUGAGUCAACUUGCUGCCUUUGGAGAUUGUUUUACAGAUCCAUUUUCUGCCAUUGCAAUUCCUACUUGGACUGCUGCUACAGCUGCUGGUGGUAGCUGAUUUGUGGGAAACACAUCAGAUUUUUUUAGUGAAAAAAGUGUUUCUUUGCUUUUUCAUUGAAGAGAAUAAGAACAUUUUUGUUUUUGUUUCUCUUUUUUUGUUUGUAGAGAAAGUGGAACAUUUUGGAGGAAUCUUUACUAACAUUGAAAGUAUAUAGUAUAGUAGGGACUAGUACUAGUAAGAUAGAUUAAGCAUUUAUGUUUAUGCUAAUAUUGUUGAAUUUUGAUUUGAUGAUUAUUAGGCAUUCAUUACCUUGGUAAUGUAAUAUCAUCUAUUUACAAUUAUAAUAA